GUUAACAUACCCUGAACGAAUCAGUUUCAUUUAUGACACAACAUAAUCGAAAUAUCAAAACCUAGAUUCCAUAUAAUAUAGACAUUACAGUAAUAACACAUCGUACACAGAAUGACGUAUGAAUGGAAAACAUGCUGUAUUGCCCUUACCCUGGGAUGUUUGACACAUUUGUAUAAUGUGGAUUGUAAAAGAUGUAUUGUUUUCGUAGCCCAAUUGAGAAGUCACAUAUAUCCUGUAAUGGCCAUUACAAGAGAAUUAGAAAAGUACAAUCACUCAGCAACAUUUGUGCUUUCAACAUCAAUGGACAAAGAAAUACGUUCCAAUGGAUUGUCGAUUAAUUCUGUAGUGGCAAAAAGUCUUGAUAAUGCGUCCAUUUUUCAUGACGUGCAAAUGAUAAUGGAAAUCAAAAUGAAUGGUUCUAAGUCUUUUCCCUUUCUUCAACUACUUAGAAAUGCAUAUGAUCACUGUAAUUCGUUUUUGACCGAUGAUGAACUAUUCAGAAUCUUAAAAACUGCAAAGUUUGACUAUGCCAUCAUUGACUUUGCUCCAUUUGUUUGCUACGAAAUUUUAGCAUACAAACUUUCAUUACCCUUCAUUUUAAGUUCUUCCCACUAUGAUCCAAGUCUCCACCGAACACCAUUUAAUCCUGCCUAUAUGCCAGCACCCUGGUCAGGAUUUACAGACAAAAUGACAUUCCUGGAACGAAUGAUUAAUACCAUAUUGUAUACUAUUCACCUUAUCAAACCCACAAUGCCUUCAUUUGGCAAUCUAGUUGCUAAAUAUGUUCCAGAAAAGCCGUUUAUGUCAAACAGCGAAUUGAAAGGUAGCUUUUUGUUGCACAUAGUCGACGGAGAUAUUUUAAUGGAUUAUCCAAUUCCCAUUGCCUCGAAUACCAUUUUAUGUGGUGGAUUAGCAGCCAGGCCCGCUGUAUCAUUGAUAUCUAGGAUAGAGGCAUUUGUUGAGAAAUCUAAAGAUGUCUUAGUUAUCGUUGCCUUUGGUAGCAUAAUAAAGUCAUGUCCUGAAAAUAUAAUGAAUAAAUUAAUAACAGCUUUCCAAAAUAUGAAGCAUUUCAGUUUUAUAUUUCGUAGUGGAGAUAGUGAAAAAGAAGAUGGAAACAUAUUACUAUUGCCAUGGUUACCACAAAAUGAUCUGCUUGGGCAUGUAAAAACGAAACUAUUUAUCACUCACUGUGGGAAGAGCAGCGUAUUUGAAGCUCUCUACCAUGGCGUACCUAUGCUUGCAUUUCCAAUUGCUCUUGAUCAAAUAUCAAAUGCCGCUGUUAUUAAAGACAAAGGUUAUGGACUUUCAAUGGAUAUUUUAGAUUUUUCUGUGAACGAAUUAGUUGACAACAUAAAAAAAGUAGUGCAUAGCAGCACUUUCAUGUUCAGCAUCAAAAAUGCAUCUGCGAUUUUCCACAGUCGUCCACAAACCCCAACACAAAGAGCAGCUUAUUGGAUAGACUUAAUGACUAAGUAUGGAUCACAACAUUUCAGACCAGCCUCGCUAGAUAUGUCAUGGUAUUCAUAUUUUAUGGUAGACGUGUAUCUGGUCUAUAUUGUGGGACUAGUUUUAGUCGUGUAUUCUUUUAAGUUAUUUCUGAAGUUUUGUAUUAUAAUAUGUCGUAGAAAAAAGAAUGCCAAAGAAAAACUGCAAUAAAUCCAAGUGUUUUAUGUAAAUUGAAUCUACAAACUUAUGUCAGAAAAUGUUACAAAAGAGAAUAACUAAGGUUUGUUUCAAAAUGUAUAAUAUAAGAAAACUAAUUCUGAUACAUUCAUAUCAACACGAUUUAGACAUUAAUGUGAUCUAUUAUUAAUCAAGUAUAAAGGUGAAAAAUAAAGAUGGACAAUUUACUGCUGACUGUUGCACCAGAGAUGACACGACAACGAUGCAAACACACGUGAACAGAUAGAGAUAACUCAAUACCAUGUUUUAAAAAAAACAUCGUGUGAUGGAAGAAACAGCUACGGACAUGCUGUUACUGAAUGUAGGAGUUCUUGCUCUUUCGUUUAAUAUAAUAAAGACAACAGUAGUAUACCGGUGUUUAGCUGUAAGAUUUUUUAACGUGUAAAUCCUUUUCUUUUCAAUAUAGUCUUUUCGUAUUUUCUUCUUAUUUGCUAAAGGAUGUUUG